GUAGCCAAUGUUUUCGGAUUACAACCGUGUGGCAUGUGCAUGUCAGAUUUCAUAAUUCCGCGAAACCAAAACUCUGGUGCCUAACGUUGAUACGUUGUCGUUUCAACAGAGUCGGUUCUAAUUUUCAAUUUUCAAUAGAUACCGUGAUUCUGAAUCAUUUCAUUCCUUUCACCUCAAUUUCGUUUCACUCAUGGCCUCAGGUUCAGAUUUUGCUUUAACAGUCCCUUCUGAGUUGGAAUCGGUUUUGAGGUUGAAGACUGUUAACUACUUUGUUACAAGGAGGCCAUGGCUUGAUCUUUACGGGGUUAAUGUGAGACCUGUCGCGCCUUUUGGAAGUGCAAGUAGAAAGCCUCAUGUUGAUUCUUCUCUUUUACAUCGUUGCUUACCAGAUGAGCUGCUCUUUGAGGUCUUUGCUCGAAUGACUCCAUAUGAUAUGGGAAAAGCAUCGUGCGUAUGUCGAAAAUGGCGGUACACAAUCCGUAACCCUGCAUUUUGGCGCAAUGCAUGCUUGAAGGGUUGGCAGCUCUCUGGAGCGGUUGAAAACUAUAAAAUACUUCAAUCAAAAUACGAUGGCUCAUGGCGGAAAAUGUGGCUCUUACGGCCAAGGUUGCGAUUUGAUGGUCUUUAUGCAAGUAGAAAUACCUACAUUCGGGUUGGAGUUGCAGAGUGGAAAAUCACUAAUCCAGUUCACGUGGUCUGUUAUUACCGGUACCUGAGAUUUUUUCCAUCUGGGAAGUUUCUUUACAAGAAUUCUUCUCAAAAGAUAAAAGAUGUGGUGAAGAGCAUGAACUUUCGAUCAUCUAAAACAGACUGUGUCUUUGGUGGACACUACACAUUGACAGACGACAAGGUUGAAGCUGCUGUCCUGUAUCCAGGCAUGCGACCUACUGUUUUGAGGAUACGCAUGAGGUUAAGAGGAACAACUACAGGGGCUAACAAUAGGAUGGAUUUGAUCUCACUUGUCACUAGUGGUGUGGACACUAAUGAGGCAAGUACAUCUGAAGAGGACAUUCUUGGAGUCGUUGAAGGAUGGCAGGAUGAUGAAACACACAACCCCGAUGUGCCAGCAGUCUCACAUAAGAGGGGCAUGACUCCCUUUGUCUUUGUUCCAUUUGAGGAGGUGGAGACAUCUCUUUUGAAUUUGCCCGUGGAGAAAAUGGAUUAUUAUGUUCCUGGUUGAAUGAUGCCCCUGAAAUAUACCUGGUUCAAUUGUAAAUAUCCCAUAACUUUCAAUAUUUAUAAUAAUAAUCUGCGUACUUGCAUGUGUGGAAAAAGUGGUAACGUGAUUGAUUCUCGUUCAUGUUACGGAGUUUAUCUUUUGUUCUGCUUUGUGUGCCUAUGUAACUAUAAAAACGGUUUGUACAUAAGGGAAGAAUUGUAUUUGUAAUUUGUUGCAUACAAAUCAUGUGUUUAACUGUCAAGUUGUUGUAUUUUGAAAUUUGUAAUUUGUUGCAUACAAAUAAUGUGUUUAACUGUCAA